AUGAGGCACCGCUACUUUUUCACUGUGUUCGUCAUUCUUUUGAAGAGUGAAUUGUACAACUCAGAAGAAUCUGAGUACCUGCAUCCAGGGUUGCCUCAAUUGGAUAUUACUUGCGAAGGAGGGGUAAAGAUUGCGGUUGGAAAUGAGCUGUCUCCUAAAUCCUGUCCGACUAAGCCAACCUUGAACUGGAAUUCAUCACCAAAUGAACUCUACACUGUCAUUAUGAUGGAUCCUGACGCUCCUUCUCGUAAGGACCCUUUUCUUCGCGAUUACCUUCACUGGUUAGUGGUGAAUAUCCCUGGCAGUCAUGUGAGGAACGGCAAUGAGCUCAUGCCUUUCAUGAGGCCACGUCCGCCUUCGGGAGCAGGUUUCCACAGAUAUCAUGUUCUUCUUUACAAGCAGCCCGGAAAAAUAUCUGCGAAGGAAGUUGAAGCAAGAGCGCAUUUUGAUACGCUCAAAUUUGCCAUGGAAAAUGAGAUUGGAAAGCCAAUCGCUGGGAAUUUUUUCAAGAUGCAAACAUGA